AUCUCAAAAAGCUCUUUGCAAAGUUUUCGUGUCGAAUUAGCACUCGCUUCCCUCGUUCCCCUGUAUCGCAAAGCAGUUCAUUUUUCUCGCAUUUUCUCGCCUUCAAUUUGAGUAUGGAUGAUGAGAAGAAGAAGAAGAGAAACAAGAAGAAGAAGAACAAGCAGCAGAAACGUCCAGACGGUGACUCUCUACCUACCCCCGGUGUAGCCACCUCCGAGGAUGGUAAUCAUAACGGAGACGCUGACAUUGCUCAAUCUAACCAAGUCCCUGAUUCCAAUGAUUUGCAACCAUCUUCUCAACAGAUAAUCGAUGCAGAUGAUUCUGUUGCUGUUGUUGAUGAGAACACGUCUCCGACCAGUGAGGCGUUGCUGGAAGAAACAAUUAAACAGUUACGUGAUGAAAUUGGAUCCCACCUUCAGAAAGAGGCUGGUUUUGAAGAAACUGUUGGACGCUUGGAAACUGAGAAUGAAGCUCACAUACAGAAAGAGGCACUGUUAGAAGAGAGGCUUGAGCAUUUAAGAACAGAAAAUGAAGCUCACAUAGAGAAAGGGGCACUGUUAGAAGAAAGGCUUGAGCAUCUGAGAACAGCAAAUGAAGCUCACGUACAAAGUCAGGCACUAUUAGAAGAAAGGCUACUGCAUUUGAGUACAGAGAAUGAAGCUUACAUACAAAAAGAGGCACUGCUAGAAGAAAGGCUCUUGCAUCUGAGAACAGAGAAUGAAGCUUACAUACAAAAAGAGGCACUGUUAGAGGAAAGGCUUUUACAUUUGAGAACUGAAAAUGAAGCUCUCAAACAGAACGAGGAAAAGUUGGAGGAAAGACUUGUUCAGUAUAAAACAAAGAACGACGUGCUCGUUCAUGAAAUGUCUAGUACAGAAGUCAAAAUGAGAGAGUUGCUUGACGAAAGAUCAACCUUCGCUCAGAAAGAGACAAGUCUAGAAGAGAAACUUCAACAACGUCAACAUGAUGAAGAAUCUUCGGUUGCAGCUGCUGAGAAGUCAUCCAGAGAAAUGAUUUCAAGCCUGAACAGUGAAAUUGGAACACUGCGAGCACAGGUAAUGAAAUUGGAAGAAUCUAGGAGUAGUCUUCAAGAGCAGAACAAUAGUCUUGUGGGAACCGUAUCUAAUCUUCAAGUCCAGCUUGAAAACCAUGACAAUAACGUGAAGGGUGCUUCAGAGGAAGAACUAAACUCACAGAUUGAAGCAGCUUGUACUCUAGUUGAAAAGCUUAUCACUGA